AUGACGGCUACAAACAUUCUUAUAUAUCUAUUCCGCCACGACCUACGCAUCGCCGACAACCCUAUCAUCCAUCACCUGUCUACCGCUUCGGAUCACGGCUUCACCCAUGUGCUUCCGAUUUACGUCUUUCCAGCACACCAGAUCGAGAUAUCCGGCUUCCUCCGGGAGGGUUCCAAAUCCCCCUACCCUGAAGCUCGCAGCCAGAUUGGAAAGUUUUGGCGAUGUGGGCCUCACCGCACCAAGUUUGUCGCGCAGUCUGUCUGGAACCUGAAGGAGUCUCUUGAAAGCGUACACAGCGGCCUGGCCCUCCGAGCAGGCAAGUUCGGCGACGUCGUUGACGACCUACUCCGAAGCUUUGCCGACAAAAAACAAAAGGUCGGUGCUGUUUGGAUGACCGCCGAGGAAUCCGUCGAAGAGAAGCGGGAUGAAAAGGCUGUGUCCGCAGCAUGCGAGAAGCACGGCGUCGCCUUCAAGACCUGGACGGACGAGAAAUACUUCAUUGACGAUCGUGACCUCCAUUUCGAAUCUCCUAGCGAGCUGGCCGAUGUGUUCACGGCCUUCAGAAAGACCCAAGAGCCAUUACGCGAGAAGCCCAGGCCUACGCUGCCUCAUCCUAAAAAAGGAUCUCUUCCGCCCUACCCAGACCAAUCCAUCAUCCCGCCACAGCGAACGCCGUUUCAAAUUCCAUCAACUUACGACGCACUAGAGGCAGCUCUUCUCAAGCCCCUGAAAAGUCCCUUCAAUGAAGAACCCAAGUUUCCUGAGAAUGCUAAGUCGGUGCACCCAUUCAAGGGCGGCGAAGACUUUGCUAUUGAGCGGCUCGAACAUCUUGUAAAGACCGGAUCCGUGUCUAGCUACAAGGACACCCGCAACGAAAUGCUCGGUGUCGAUUUCAGCACCAAGUUGUCGGCUUAUUUGGCAUUGGGAUGUCUGACAUCCCGACAAAUACACGAGGCUUUAGUCAAAUACGAGGAUGGGCAGGAUGACAGAUUCAAAGAAACACCUGGGUACGGGAAAGGGGAGAACGACGGGACCAAGGCAGUUCGGUUUGAACUUCUCUGGCGCGAUUACAUGAGGUUGUGCACGAUGAAGUUUGGAGCAAAGCUCUUUUGCGUUACUGGCUUUAAGAACGAUACAACUCCAAAGUGGAAGUCGGCCGAUCCCGAACACGUCGUCUCGGAAGACAACUUGGGAACCCCAGUCGACGACGUUCAGAAGAUACUCCAGCGGUUCCUCAAUGGUACCACUGGCAUGGGCUUAAUUGACGCCUCCCAGCGAGAGCUCUAUCACACUGGCUACACUUCCAAUCGGGCAAGGCAGAACGUUGCGUCCUUUUUGACCAAGCACCUUGGCAUCGACUGGCGGUAUGGCGCGGAAUGGUACGAAUAUCUCCUUGUCGACUACGACGUCAACUCCAAUUGGUCCAAUUGGCAAUAUGUCGCCGGGGUUGGUAACGACCCUCGUGGAGACAACAGGAUCUUCAACCCAGUUAAGCAGGCCUUCGACUACGAUAAGACCGGCGAGUACGUCAAGGCUUGGGUGGUCGAAACGCGCGAGGUUGAAAACCUCGAAAACGUCUUCCAACUUUGGACUACGCCACAAGAAGAGCUGGAGCGUCUGGGUCUGAGCAAGAACAUUCUAGUCACCGACCCCGUCAAAAAGAUCGACUUUUCAGUGGAAGGGAAGCCCAAGACUAGUCGUCGGCAGUACAACAAUCGCAGGAGAGGAAGAGGCAACUCCAGCCAGAACGGGUCUACAGGGGGAGGCCCGCGGGGGCCACCAUCUGUGACAGGAAGUUCCGCAGGAGGCCUUGCAGGACCGCAAAAUGGGGGUGCCCCUGACCAAGCAUCGUCAGGCCAUUCAUCCUCCAGGUCACCACCAAGCGGACCCCAAGGAUAUCGUACCAACGGUGGUUAUCGUGGCGAUGUGCGUGGCGGGUAUCGUGGCGGACGUGGUGGGCGUGGUGGCGGCGGUUACCGGGGAGGACGUGGGAGCUUUGGUGGUAGAGGAGGAGUGUUCGCCAACUCUUACCAUGUUCCGAAUACACAGCCCAAUGGUUACCCUAAUGGCCAGCUUCGGCCACAGUGGACAACCACGGCAUCCGGCUCGACGAUGUAG